AUGGAUCGGAAGAAGAGGAAGGAGUUGGGGUCGGCGUGGGAGUUGGCUCCGGAAAUUCGAAGUAGUCAGAGUAGGGACGCUCCUCAGGGUCCUCUCGAACACGAAGAAGAUCCUCUAAGCCUGCCAAUGGAUCGGAAGAAGAGGAAGGAGUGGGAGUUGGCAUGGGAGUUGGCUCCGGAAAUUCGAAGUAGUCAGAGUAGGGACGCUCCUCAGGGUCCUCUCGCACACGAAGAAGAUCCUCCAAGCCUGCCAAUGGGUCGGAAGAAGAGGAAGGAGUGGGAGUCGGCGUGGGUGUUGGCUCCGGAAAAUGGAAGUAGCCAGAGAAGGGACGCUCCUCAGGGUCCUCUCGCACACGAAGAAGAUCCUCCAAGCCUGCCAAUGGAUCGGAAGAAGAGGAAGGAGUUGGGGUUGCAGCACCCUCGGGUACCGCAUUAG